AUGGCGUUCCAUGAAACAGACGAUCGCAGCUACAUCAUCCAACCACUCGGAAAUAUUGGCCAUACACGAAGCCAGUCGCGAUGUGUGUGGUUACAGUCCAUGACCAACCACAUACGAGUUGAUUGUGGGAUGACCGGGGGCGCAGACGCUCCGACCGUGAUGUAUGAGGAAAAUGCUGCGUGCAUUGAUCAGCUCAAAGACGGCUACAUCAAAGGAGACAGGACGAAGCACAUAUUGCCUAAGUUCUUCUUCACACACGAUCUACAGAAAGCUGGUGAGGUCCAAGCGGUCCAAGUAUGUUCCAGCGACAACUCAGCCGACCUGUUCACCAAAUCACUUCCGACUUGCACAUUCAGAAAGCUCACGCAUCAGAUUGGGAUGCGUCGACUUAAAUACCUUUAG